AUGGGUUCCAUCGGCGCCUCCACCUUCAACGUCCUCGACGACCCUCGUCCCGAGGACACCUCCAUGCCCGCCUUCAUGGUCUCCACCACGCGCGGCUUCCUGCCCCGCGCGGACCCCGUCGUCACCCUGCCCGCCGAGUUUGCCGCGCUCGAGUCCAUCCUGGAGCGCAUGCCCGUCAAGACGCUCUCAGGCGCGCCCGGCCUUCUGGCCACCGCCGAGCUCGGCCCCGAGGUCGACAGCGUCUUCCCGGACCUGACGUCCGCCAUGGACCUCUACAAGGACAACCUGCCCCUCAUGAACGCCCUCUACCGCGACUACUCCUUCCUCGCCUCGGCCUACCUGCUCGAGCCCUGCCACGAGCGCUUCGUCCGCGGCGAGGAGUACGGCCUCGGCCGCCAGACCCUGCCCAAGCAAAUCGCCCACCCCAUCGCGCGCUGCGCCGAGAUCUGCGGCUUCCAGCCCUUCAUGGAGUACGCCGGCUCGUACGCCCUCUUCAACUACCGUCUCGAGGACCCCGCCAAGGGCCUCGAGUACGACAACCUGCGUCUGAUCCGGGCCUUUGAGCACGGUCUGCACCACGACUCGUCCGAGGCGGGCUUCGUGCUGGUGCACAUUGACAUGGUGCGCAACUCGGGCCCGCUCGUGGCCGGCGUCAUGAAGAGCUUCUCCGCGGCGGCGGCGCAGACGGCGGCCGGUGCGGGCGCCGUGGCCGAGCACCGGCGGGCGCUCAACGCGGGGCUCGAGGACAUUGUCGGGGCCAUGCGCAAGAUCAACGGCGUCAUGGAGACCAUGUGGGCCAAGUCGCGGCCGACCGAGUACACCAGCUUCCGCACCUUCAUCUUCGGCAUCACGUCGCAGUCCAUGUUCCCGCACGGCGUCGUGUACGAGGGGCUCAACGACAACAAGCCGCUCUCGUUCCGCGGCGAGAGCGGCGCCAACGACUCCAUGGUGCCGCUCAUGGACAACUUCCUGCAGGUGCCCAUGCCCGAGACCCCGCUCACCGAGAUCCUCAAGGACUUCCGCAAGUACCGCCCCAGCAACCACAAGGCCUUUCUGAGCUUCGCCAAGGAGCGCUCCGCCGAGCUCAACCUGCGCAACUACGCGCUUGGCCUCAAGGGGUCCACGCCGCCCGCGUCGGACGAGGAGCGCGACCUGCUCCGCGUCUCCCGCAGCCUCUGGCUGCAGAUCCUGAACCAGGUCCGCGACUUCCGCUGGCGUCACUGGUGCUUUGCCCGCGAGUACAUCCUCAAGCGCACCUCGCACCCCACGGCCACCGGCGGCUCGCCCAUUGUCACCUGGCUGCCCAACCAGCUCUUUGCCGUCCUGGACGAGAUGGCCGUCAUCCAUGAGACGGGCCAGGAAGACGGCAAGGGUCUGGGCGCUGUCGCCGAAGAUGUCAUGGAAGCCGCCCUGCGCCAGCGCGAUACUCUCCAGAAGGAGGUUGACAAGUACUGCGCCGAGCGUGGCGUCCAGCGCACCUAG